AUGAAACGGAGACUCGCGCACGAAAAUUUGUCACGGGACAACUGUUGCCAACUGCCAUCUAUCGGUGAGGCGAGGGACUACUUGCGCGUUUUUAUGUAUUUCUCUUCAAAAAGGCGGGUUUCGUGCGAUUUAGUGUUGAUCACAUGUCGCUUAGUAUGUAGUUUAUUUUUAAAUUUUUCGAGCAAUUUGUCAUGGAUAUGUAGGUAGGUACAUAUCAAAAUAUACAAAUAGUGUGUAUUUAGGUUACCUCAAACCACGUAUAAUAAAUUAAAUUGCUCUCUGGAGAAAAGACACGUGACACAGAAUUACAUUCUUUUAUACUAAAUACAUAUAUGCAUAGUUCAGGCAUUCUAGCCUCUGUUCCAUUGUCAAUCAACACCGUACAACUUACACGUACGUAUAUUGUUUUCUGAACAAAGACGUGUUAAAAAUGAAAACAAGUAUUUGCUACUGUGUCUUUUUAGAAGAAUCUUUCUUAUAUGCAGUUUAUACUGAGUGCUUCAUCUGUUCGAUAAUUGAUGCGUACGUCGUGAAAGUAGUGCGAGAUGUUAGGUUAAGUAGAGGUUCGUUGUGACAUGCUACUUUGUCAUUUCUGGAAUCAUGCACUAUUACAAGAUAGAUUGAAAUGCACUAUACAGAUUGAAAUGAUCAUGCAAUAGACAUGCACUAUUACAAAUUGAAAUGAUCAAAAUUGUAUAGCAUAUUUAAUAUAUAUAAUAACAAUAUACAUUCAGUACAAUAUAAGUAUAAUUCAGUAUAAAGUAUAAAGUAUAAUUAGUAUUAUAAGUAAUAAUAUUAUAAUAUUAUAAGUAAUAAUAUUAUAAAUUAGUUAUAAUUACUAAUUAUAAGUAAUUAGUAUAAUAAGUAAAUAGUAUAAUAAGUAUAAUUAAUAUAAUAAGUAUAAUAAGUAUAAAGUAUAAUUAUAAGUAUAAUUCAGUAUAAUAAUAAUAUACAUUCAGUAUAUUUAUAGUACAACAUGUAGCUUGUGAAAUAAUAUUUUUUCGCAACAGUAUUACAAUACAAAUGGUAUGUAUAUUCAGCGAAAUAACUCAGUGCUAGUAUACACAAUAAACGCUUAAGAAAGCGGCAGCACAUUUUCAUGAAUGCUUCUACUGUUGUGUAGAGACGAGGUGCAUCAAGGCAAAGUUCAAAGGGAGAUUCCUCGACGACAGGAGUAACGAGUGUCCAGCAAUCUUCUAAAGAGAAGUCUUCCUGGAGUCCUUUUCCGUACUGUCCUGGAACCAAGUCCCAGGAGGAGUCAGAACACCGUAGAUAGACCAGAUUUAUGUGCAAAACUCGAACCGUUCCCCCUUCGUGCGAGCUGACAGGGAUGCAAGAAACGAUCCCCAAGGAUUCCUGGAUAAACUUGCUUCUAACGAUCGGUGGAUCUACAUGGACGACGGACUGAAGAUUUGCUGUUUGAAAUUUUCGUCACUAUCAGAGAGAUUGCGAGAGAGGCGACGAGUCAAAAUAAAUCUCAAAUAAAAUGUGUACACAUACAUUUGUACACAUAGUUUUCUGCACGUGCAUGGUGUGCAUCUCCUUGCGUUUUGAAAUUUCGCAGAAACGCGUAAUAAUUUCCAGGCGCUGGUAAUAAAAUGUGACCAUAAAUGCCUCUGCGUGGGGGCAGAAGUUUUUCUCAUGCGUCGCUUGAGAACGAGGAUUUCGUCAUCUUCGUUUCUCGUCUUUCUGGCAAAGUUACGGCCACCUUGUUUUCAAACAUUAAAUAUUCCGCGCAACAGUGUUACAUUCAGUAAUAUUCAACUCGUAUAGCUACUCUGGAUGCGCCUUCAGUUUUGUCACAAACUUUUCUGCCUCCAUUUACAUGACUUUCUCUCUUUACGUAUCACAGAUGAUAUCGUUGUUGCUUUUCUUUCUUAUGCUUUCCAGAUACAUGACUGGAACUUACAAAAGGAAUAUUUCGACCACCGGUGUCCGGCUUAAAUAUUAAAAUUUAAGAGUGGGAACUCUGUAACUACGUUUUCGUCCAUCCAGCGCUAUUUAAUAUUCCGCUCGCCGGCUACCAUCCGAUUUUAAGGAGUUCUCGUUAUAAAUUCUUACCUCAGCCCGUUUAAAAUAAAUUGACUCCAAGAGGUUGUUUCAGUGAAAAUCACACCAUAAAAGAUAAGGAGGGAGGGGGGAAGGAGUGCGCCGAGGCAAACAAGUUUUCAUCAAAUGACGGCAUAAAUGCGACUUUCUUUGACUCUUUGCUCGCCUAAUAACGUUUCCAUUUUUGCUCCUACGCGUUGUUUAUUCACGCGUGUAUAGUACAGAGACGCAUGAAAAUCCAACACGAGGCUUAACGAUCGAUGGUUAGUUGCCUCGUCUAGUCGCCUAAUUGUAAUUUCCAAGGGGCGCGCGAUGCAUUAGAACAUGAUCACGUAUGUAUGUGACACGUCAGCCGGUUGCGACGAUGUUCCGUGUCCUGCGUGGGAACCGUCCAGGUCACGCGUCUAAGAUCCGCGCGCGGAAUCGCCAAGUGGCCCGAGCAGCAGACGUCGCGUAGUCGCCCGUUGGAAAACGACCAGCCGGGGCCCUCUCCGCUUUCGAUAUCUAUGCUUUCCAGUGCACUCGAAUUGUCACGUUCACGCUUCAAACAAACCAAGCUAUUUAUUUCCAUAGCCUGGCCGUGUUCGCGGCGAUUCAUCGAGUUAACGUGACAACCCAACACGGAACCGCGUUCCUAUUCUCCCAUCUGUAAUAUAAAACGAGGCUGCUGCGUAUGAAAA